CUCUCUCUCUAAAACCCCCAAAAAUCUCAGACGCCAUGCCCCAAUGCGCGGUUUCUUUGGUUACACAUGUCUCGUACGACUUUAUUGUGCCGUAGAAUUUCGCAGUCUCUUCUACAUUGGUGAAACUGUUUGAAGCGGAAACGACUUGUUUGAAAUUUGGGUUUUGUGGAUUUUGUGAGAGAUGAGGGAGGGUUUGAGAUCUGGGAAGGUAUUGCUGAUUCCGGAGAAAGAUAGGAAGUAUAAGGUUUCUGCAAACAAAAAUGUUCAAAAUGAAAUGAAGGAGACAGUUUCUGAUUCAGACGGCAAGGAAAACCCCCAUUUGAUUUUGAGCAAUGUGGAGAAUGAGAGAGAGUCAUUGGUAGUGGGAAUUGAGAAAAAGAGAGGUGCGUUGGUCAAGGAGUGUAUAGAAGAUGGGGAAGAGAAUGAGAGGAAAAGGAGGGUUGGUGGUGGUGAAGAGAGUGAACAUGGCGGUGUUGUGAAGAAGAAGGUGAAGGAAGAAGAGGGUUUGGAUUGUAAACUGCACAUUGGUGGUCGGAUUUUAAGGUCGGGGUUUGUGGUGAAAAGUGGGGGUAAUGAGGAAAGUGAUAAGGGGGUGUGUGAACGUGGUUUUAGUGGGAAAGGUACUGGGAGUGAUGGGCGUGAGAUGAAUAAGGUUAAGGUGGAAAUAGAAGAAAUUGAUUUAGGGGUUGGUAAUCUAAAGAUGAAUUUGAAACGAAAGCGCGGGAGACCCCCAAAGACAGAAAAGAACCGUGAUCAAUCGGUUGGUAGGUUGAAGAAAAAGUCGAAACGUGGGCGUGGGAGACCCCCAAAGUUGAAGGAAAGUAAUAAGGUUUUGAAGGCUGAGCUUGAUAAGAGAGGAAAAGUGGUUGGGUUGAGGAAAGGUGGGAAGGAUUUAAAGCUGAGAGAUAGUGUGAAGAGGAAUGCGCCAAGUACUAGUUCAUACUCGGAAAAGAGAUAUAUUGGGAAAGAAUUGAAUGUGAAGAGGUUUUCACCAGCAAAGAAGAAUAAAUCCGGGAAAGAUUUGGAAACUGAGGACAACAAGGCUUCAUUACGGCUGUCACCAAGGAUGACAAAUGCAUCUAGUGUCAAGAAACAGAAAAGCGAAGGAGGGAAAGCUAAUCAGGAGGAUGAAGUCAUGGAGCCUAGUAGACUUGCGACAAAAAAUUUAGUAAGGGACAAAAUAACAGAUCUUCUUUUUAGUGCAGGCUGGACGGUUGAGUAUAGGCCUAGAUUUGAAAGAGCUUACAAUGAUGCGGUUUAUGUUAGUCCAGAUGGAAAGACUCACUGGUCGGUCACAUUGGCUUACAGAGUGCUUAAAAAGCAUUAUGAAGCUGGUAAUGGUGAAUCUAAGAUUUAUAAGGCUGGUUUUGUAUUUACUCCAAUACCAGAGGAGGAAUUCGGCAUACUAAAAAGGGUAGUCUCUAAAACAAGGGCGGACAAAAACAAAAAGCGCAAGGAUGGUGAUAAGACUGGAGUUAUGGAAAAGAGAAGGCACAAGGAAAAACCAAGUUCUAUCAUGAGUCCCGGGAGUAAGUCAAUUAAGGGGAGAAUGAAACGGAAAUCUUUGCUUCAUGAGCAGGAUAGUUCAGCUGGUACAUCACAAGAAGUAUUGCCAAUUUCAGUCAGGGGUCAUAAACGACGACAAACACAAAAUAAAAAGCGAUGUGCUUUGUUGGUUCGCAACACUAAGGAGGGGGUGGAUUCAGAUGUUGAUGGCUAUAUUCUAUAUAAUGGGAAACGUACUGUGUUAGCCUGGAUGAUUGAUUUGGGAAUGGUAUCACUUAAUGGGAAGGUGCAGUUCAUGAAUCAGAGAAGGACACGUGUAAGGCUUGAGGGUAGAAUUACCAGAGAUGGCAUUCAUUGUGACUGUUGUAGUGAAAUCAUCCCAAUCUCAAAAUUUGAAGCUCAUGCAGGAAGCAAUCCUUCUCGGCCAUAUCAAAAUAUAUUUCUUGAGACUGGAACUUCCCUCUUGCAGUGCCUGCUAGACUCAUGGAAUAAACAAGAGGAAUCCCAAUGUAAAGGGUUCCAUUUCAUAGAUGUUGAUGGUGAAGACCCAAAUGAUGAUACAUGUGGUAUCUGUGGAGAUGGUGGGGACUUGAUCUGUUGUGAUGGUUGCCCAUCGACAUUCCAUCAAAGCUGCUUAGAUAUUGAAAAUUUUCCUUCAGGUGACUGGCACUGUGUAUAUUGUUCAUGCAAAUUUUGUGGUAUGGGUGGUGAGAAUACGUAUGAAAGGCAUGAUAAUGAUGACAUCUCCUCAUCUGCAUUACUUAAGUGCUGUUUGUGUGAGGAAAAAUUCCACCAAUCCUGCAUUCGAGCGGGGGACGCUACAAGUGUUGAUUCCAGUUGUCCAUCCUUUUGUGGGAAGAAAUGUCAAGAGUUAUUUGAGAGACUACGGAUGCUUCUUGGGGUUAAACAUGAAUUGGAAGGAGGAUUUUCGUGGACUCUUAUCCACCGGUCAGAUGUUGGAUCAGAUAUUUAUCCUAAUGAAAUUCCUCCAGAGGUUGAAUGGAAUUCUAAGCUAGCUGUGGCAUUUUUCAUAAUGGAUGAGUGCUUUUUGCCUGUUGUUGACCACAGAAGUGGAGUCAAUCUGAUCCAUAAUAUUCUCUAUAAUUGUGGAUCAAAUUUUACUCGUCUAAAUUAUAGUGGUUUUUUCACUGUAAUACUUGAGAGGGGUGACGAAAUCAUCUCUGCAGCUUCCAUCAGGAUUCAUGGAAACCAGUUAGCAGAGAUGCCAUUCAUUGGGACCCGCCAUAUGUAUAGGCGUCAAGGGAUGUGCCGUCGGCUUCUAACUGCUGUCGAAUCUGUUCUCUACUCUCUAAAUGUUGAGAAACUGGUCAUACCUGCAAUCUCCGAACUUAGAGAAACGUGGACUUCAGUUUUUGGUUUCAAGGCCCUUGGAGUAUCAGCCAAGCAGAAAAUGAGGAACAUGAAUAUGUUGGUGUUUCCCGGCAUAGAUAUGUUGCAGAAACCAUUAUUGAAGCACCAAUUUGCUGAAGAUAGUAUGAUUCCUACACAAGGUAUGAUGUCCACUGAAUUUAUGGCGGCACAUAAUACUGAUGCGAGAUAUUCAACUGGGUUGGAUUUGAAUGUUUCUAUUAGGGCUCCAGCAGCUCAUGCACAUGAUAGAAACGAACCUACUGCCCUUGAAUCCUGUUCACAGCUUCUUGAUGGCUCCUUGAAUGAUACAUCUGAUAAACCAGGUGAGACUGUUGAUUUACCCAAAUGUGUUACAGAUAUGAAAUGUCAAAUUCAAAUCCAUGUGACUCACAAUAAUCUGGAGGAGAGUGAAACUGUUGUGAAACCGUUGGAUUCAGUUUAUGAUGCUAAUGGACCAACUGAAGAGAUUAGGGAAUAUCAGAUUGCUUCUGUCAUUCGAGCCCCUGAUGAGAAAACAAUGGAAUUGGACUCCCAAUCGGACCAUGAAAGCAAAUUAUUAAGGGUAUCUCAUAUUGGGUCUGAAGCUUCUGAUUGUGUAAAACCAUUUGUUAUUUCUUUUGGGGAGGAUACUGACAAUGUUGAUUGUGAGAUGAAAAUAGAAGAUGGCAUUGUUGAACAUAACCCUAAUUCUUGUGAUGAGGCUUCUAUAUGCCACUCUGCUGAAACUAUUAUGACUCAGCCCAGAGAUGUGGCUUGUGUAGAUGGAUCAGAAGUUUCUGGUGAGAAUAUUGUCCUUCAUAAUCUAGAGGCUGCAAGUCAGAUGUCUCUUGAUGCAAAGGACAUUAAGCAUUCCGGUUCUCAACAGUUGCAGGAAGUGGGAUCUGUUAUUGAGUCAGAUGGACGGAUGCUUGAUACUCGAGAAGGGAAAAUUAGCCAUGCUGCUGUUCAGCAUAUGUCUAUAGCACUGGAUGAGGUGGAUCCAUCAUCUACUGGUUGUUCUGGUUCCCAGAUUCUGCCCAAGACUAGCAAUAUUUCGUGUGAUGAAGCCCUCCCAACUUUAGCAUCAGCUUGCAUGGUUCACCCAAUUUCCUCAGUUUGCCAAAGGGGACAAACCGUUAUGAAUGGUUUUCCUGUUGACUCCAACAUUAUUGCUUCAUGCCAGGGUAAUGGGCUGGAUACUCAUGAAUCAGAUGUCUCUGCUGCAGUUGAGGGAAGACAUCAUUUUUCUUGUGAAGUUUCUUUAAAUCCCAUCACGAAACCUAAUUUGCAGACUUGCAUGAGUAAUGGAGCUUGCAUGAUCACGGAGAUUGCAUUUGAUUCUCACGAGGUUGUGGUGGAUGGUGUCUAUGAAGAGAAAGAAGCGGCUCAGACUAUUUUCAAUUCUACUGGUCAGGAUUUAGUUCUUGAGAGGCCUCAGGUGAAGAGCAAAUCUUCAAAGCAAUUUGAAUCUGGUUCACAGGUUGAACCCAUUAGUUCAACACAGUGCAAUUCUAAAUCUUCAGAGCAGUGCGAGUCUGAUCACCAGAUUGAUCAUGCAAGUAUCACACUGUGCAAUUCUGAGUCUAUGUGCAACUUAAGCUCUGCCUCUGAUGUGGCUCUUCACUGUGCCACUAAUGGGGGUAAUUCAUGCGGCACCCCUGAGGUAAUAGCUCUUUCAAACCAGGCUAGUUGAUUGCCUUUUGGUUCAUUUUCAGUAGAAAGCAGGCUUUUGAUGGCAGGCAUUAGCAGAGUUGCCGGAAUGCCUUGGUUAGCCAAUUUUGUACAUGACUAGGAUGUGGUCGGAGUUUUUUUGACACUUAAUCGCAGUGGCGGAGCCUGCCAAUUUUUUGAAUGUAUAAAACCCUAGGGGGAUUGUGGGGAUGUUCCAAAGCUGGGGGAGCAUUUUUUUUUUUUUUUUUUUGUCACAAGUAGAGUUGUUAAUAGCAAUGUAAGAUAGUAGUCUCAUGUAGGGUUGCCAAAAUGUCAAUUAGAUGCCUUUUGAAGGUUGUGUAUUUUGUGUCUUCCCCAUCCCCCAUCCCCCAUCCUCAUUGUAAAUGAAAGUGUUACUUGGUUAAUCAUUAAUAUUGGCCUUUCUUUUUGCC